UGUAAAAUCAAAUUAAUUUAUUUUUCUUUAAAUUUUCAAAAAUUAAAUUUUAGAGAUUGAUUAAAUAUUUAGAAAUGUCUUGUUGCCCAGCACCCAACAUAACCGACGAGGUGAAAGAAUAUUACGGUAAAACCUUGCAGUCAACAAAUGACUUGCAAACCUCUAUGUGCACGACCCCACCACAAGCGGUCGCCAAACACGUUCGAGAAGCGUUGAAACUCGUGCAUAAUGAUGUCACAAGUAAAUAUUAUGGAUUGCUUGACCUCGGCAGCGGAAGUGGUCGUGAUUGUUAUGCACUCGCUAAACUGGUUGGGGAAGAUGGUUUUGUUACCGGUGUUGAUAUGACGGAUGAACAACUUGCUGUAGCGAACAAGUACAUCGAUUAUCAUCAACAAAGCUUCGGAUAUUCAAAGCCGAACACCAAGUUUGUGAAAGGUUUCAUUGAGAAGUUAGGGGAGGCCGGGAUUGAAGACACUUCGAUGGAUAUAGUUAUAUCAAACUGCGUGAUCAACUUGGUUAAAGACAAGGAAGCAGUGUUAAAGGAAGCUUAUCGUGUGUUGAAGUACGGUGGGGAGCUCUACUUCAGUGAUGUUUAUGCUGAUUGUGUUUUGUCUGAGGAAAUAAGGAACCACAAAGUUUUGUGGGGUGAAUGCGUGAGUGGUGCGUUGUAUUGGAAGGAAUUGUAUGAGAUUGCGGAGUCCGUUGGAUUUGAAACACCUCGUGUGGUUUCUGCGAAUGUGGUUGAAGUCACCAAGCCGGAGUUGAAGAAGGUGACAGGUGACGCAAGGUUUGCAUCUGUGUUGUAUCGGUUGUUUAAACUAAAACUGGAAAAGCAGGAAUCUACGCAAGUUGUAUACAAUGGUGGCAUCACUGGUUACGAGGAAAACUUUAAACUCGAUCGCGAAUACUUCUUCACCCGCGACACCCCAACCAAUGUUGACCCCGUGACCUCACAAAUAUUAAAACAAUCCCGAUUCAACGAAGAAUUCUCGAUGAAGAAAGCCCCUUGUUGUGUCACUACUAACAUGGUUACACAGAUUGAUCCGUUCUUGAUUCUCAACGAAACAACUUCGAGGUCAUGUGGCGCCACCAAGUGUUGUUAGAUACCAUAGACAUCAUAUAUUUAAUUUAUCGCUGCUUUAAUAACUGCUUUUAAUAAACACGCGCAAUAUUA